AAUCUAUCACAAACACUCGGAAGAUAUUUUCAUUUCAUUUUUUUGUAAUCUUAUGCCAAAAGAUAGACCAUCAAACGUGCCAACAACGUUACUAGUACAUUAGAGCACCAAUUCUCAGUCUCUUACAUGACAUAACUACUUUACUUUCAGACAUGGCAGCUAUGUUUACUACUAAACUUCACGUACACCCACAAAUUUUAGACCACUUUUCUUUCAGUAAAACACAGAGAAAUGGGCUGCUCAGUUCAGGUCUUUCAUGGUCUGGUUCUGGUGGUGUAAAGUGCAGGUCUUUUAGGUCUGAAGAUGGUGGGGAAGUGGAAGUGGAAGAGAAUGGAAAAGAUGGUCGUAGAAAGUUGCAGAAAAAUAUGAUUAAGUUGAAGAAAAAAGAUGGGUUUUGGAGCUUAUUAAAAGAUGCUGUUGCACAUUCAAAUGAGGAAAAUAGUAAAGCAAUGGCUAAAUUGGAAGAAGCUUUCUCAUUUAUUGCUCUGCAAAUUGGAAGAUAUAUUGUUACUAUGAUGAGCACAGGUGUGAUACUUGCAGUUGGCUUUCAAUUGUCAGGUGGGGACGGUCAGAUGAAUACGCUAAUUUGGUAUAGUUGGCUUGGAGGAAUUAUUAUCGGAACUAUGAUCGGUGCUAACUUGGUUUUAGAUGAACAUUGUCGAGCUGGUCCACGUAAUGUUGUUGUUACUGGAAGUACAAGGGGACUCGGAAAGGCACUUGCUCGCGAAUUUCUUCUGUCUGGUGACCGCAUAGUUGUUGCUUCACGAAGUCCUGAGUCUGUAGACGAAACCGUCAGAGAGCUGGAGGAGAGCCUCUCGGAAGUAAUGGUCACCACCAGCGGCUCAUCUAGGACAAAUCUGGCACAUGCAAAAGUGGUUGGCAUAGCAUGUGAUGUUUGCAAACCCUCUGAUGUGCAAAAACUGGCAAACUUUGCUGUCAAAGAAUUUGGUGCCAUUGACAUAUGGAUAAAUAAUGCUGGCACAAACAAAGGAUUUAGACCCUUGCUGCAGUUUAGCGAUGAAGAUAUUACUCAGAUUGUUUCAACAAAUUUGGUUGGAUCUAUUCUCUGCACUCGAGAAGCCAUGCGGGUGAUGGUGGACCAGGUUAAGGGAGGGCACAUUUUUAACAUGGAUGGUGCUGGUUCUGGAGGAUCUAGCACCCCUCUUACAGCUGUUUAUGGGUCAACAAAAUGUGGUCUUAGGCAACUUCAAGCAUCACUUUUAAAGGAGUGUAGGCGAUCAAAAGUUGGAAUGCAUACAGCAUCUCCAGGCAUGGUCCUCACGGAUCUACUCUUAAGUGGUUCAACACUUAAAAAUAAACAAAUGUUCAACAUCAUUUGCGAGCUUCCAGAGACAGUUGCUAGAACUUUAGUUCCACGGAUGCGGGUUGUGAAGGGUUCAGGCAAAGCCAUCAAUUACUUGACCCCUCCUAGGAUACUACUCGCUUUGGUCACUGCAUGGCUGCGGCGAGGUCGCUGGUUUGAUGACAAGGGAAGGGCAUUAUACGCAGCUGAGGCAGACCGACUCAGAAACUGGGCUGAAAAUCGUGCCCGAUUUUCCUUUACAGAUGCAAUGGAGAUGUACACAGAAAAUGCAUGGGUGUCUGUGUUUUCACUUUCCGUCGUUUGCGCCUUUAUAAUCCUGUCGAGCACAGCCAGCUCAUUUCAUGGCACCUAAAUCCGUCCUUUUCUAAAGCAUGCAGGACGUAAAAUGUCGAUGCCAUCAUUCACAGAAACUUGCAGUCAAGAGAGGUAAACAAACUCAGAAUAGGUAGUGUAUGAUUUAUCUGCUUAACCAUUGAUAAGCAAUCAAAUGUGUUAGAUUAUAAGCCUAAGUGAUUAAUUAACCAAUUGGUGCACAGGCUCUGUAGGUUAAGUAUGCAGAAAAAUAGAGCACAUAUUUUAUUUAUUCUGUAGAGAAAAUUCAAUUAGAUGAACACAAAUAUGGCAUUCUUGAUGAUGCUGAGAUGCUUGUAAAUAUGAUGAUGAAAUUGUUUUGAAUUCAAUUCAAUGCAAGCUGCAAAUCCUCUUGAAAUAAUGGAGUAAAUAAUAUCUUGUCACUCA